AUUCAACCAUUGUUCCCGGAGCACCUACCCUAAGCCAGGCCUUGCUGGGCACCUGGACACCUAGGUUGUCACAGUGGACCCUGUCCAGCCAUCACUGGGCUCAGCCCCUAAGCUGAGAACCAACUGUACCCUCACAGGCCAAGUCAGGACCUGGAGGAAAUACAUUACACAGGAGUGUGGGGUGGAAGUGAGGGGGUGGAGCCUAUGAAUGGGGGCAGAGCCUGGGAUACACCCUCAGGGUUUGGGGGUUUCAAGCUGAGAGUGAUUUUUAAGCUGAGAGUGAAGGCCUCAUCUACUAGUGAAACACUUCUUGCUCCUGGACACUUGGACACUCUCUGAGAGGUUGAUGGGGCAUUUUGGAGCACAGGGCAGGGAGAAACUGCCUGAUUUUAGAGCUAUUAGGAAGUCCAAUAAGAAGCCCUGGUGGUGCAAUGGUUAAGCACUCAGCUGCUAACUGAAAGGUCAGGGGUUCCAACCCACCAGUGGCUCUGCAGAAGAAAAGUCCUGGCAAUCUGCUCUGGUAAAGGUUACAGCCAAGAACACCCUCUGGGGCAGUUCUGCUCUGUCACAUGGGGUUGCCUGAGUCAGAAUCCACAGGACUUUGUACAACAACAACAGGAAGUCUGAUGGGCCAGACUCACUGAUGGAUAGGGGAGAGAUGGGGAGGGACAGGCUAGGGGCUGGGAGGGUGUGUAGCCCCAAAGCCAAGAGGCUGCCUACCGCUCACAGCCUUCUCACCUGCUCCGUCUCACUUGCCCGUUUCUGAGGUCAGGCCCACACAGUCACCUCCCCCACUUCUGGGACUCAGCCCACCCAAAUGAAGGAUGAGUGUGGGGAGCCAGGAACCAGCCAGUCCCCAGCCUCAUGCAGCCCACCCGCUUAGCACCACUCAGUCUCCCCAUGUCUCCUCUAAAAUAGGCCCUGCAGCUCCAAAUGGCUUUGAACCAGGCUUUGGAAGGGGUGGCAAGCCUCAGAAGCCAGGUGAGGACUGCCCCGUCCCUGUCUCUGUCCCUUAUCUCUUUGUGGCUUCCGAAGUCCCAGAGCCCCCCGCCCCCACCCCUUAUUCCCCUCUGCUCUGUCUCCCCAGGAUUUGGGAAUGGGAAUGGGCUGGGAGCCCAGCCAGGCCCCCCCCCACUGAGAAUGGCUACGGAGCAGGAUUCAUGAACGGGCACAGGCUGGGAACCCAGUCAGGCCCAGCAGCCCAGAAUGGCUAUGCAGCAGGCUUUGGAAGGGGCGUGAAGCCUCAGAAGCCAGGAUAUGGGACUGGGCCAGGGAGCAGGGCCUUACCUGCGGUGGUAGGAGCCCAGCCAGGUGAGGACACCUGGGGCAAGAGCCUGUCCUUCUUGGAGGGAGGGGCCAGGGCAGCCAGUUGUGUCCUGAGUGUGUGGGGGAGGGCUGUGGCUCAGCCUCUCUGUUUCUCCCCAGGUCUAGGUCUAGGAGGAGGUGCCAAAUCUCAAAAGCCAGGAUAUGGUAAUGGAAAUGGGCUGGGAGCCCAGCCAGGCCUUGGAGGGGGCGUGAAACCCCAGGUGCCAGGAUUUGGGAACGGGAAAGCGCAUGGGCUGGGAACCCAGCCAGGCCCCCCAGCUCAGAAUGGCUACAGAGCAGGCCCUGUGGUCCCCAUAGGCUAUGGUCCAGGCGUUGGAGGAGGCAUGAAAGCUCAGAAGCCAGGGUACAGGAAUGGGCUGGGAGCCGGAGCCUUCCUGGGGGCAGGAGCCCAGCCAGGAGCCCAGCCAGGCCUGGGAGGGAGUGUGAAACCUCAGAAGCCAGGAUACCUGCCAGGGAAUGGGCUGGGAGUCCUGCCAGGCCUGGGAGUGGGUGUGAAGCCUCAGAAGCCAAGAUAUGGCAGUGGAAAUGGACUGGGAGCCCAGCAAGGGUAUCAGCCUCCAAAUGGGUAUGGACCUAGAGCAGAACUGGGCUUUGGUGGUGGCCUCAAGCCGCAGAAAAUUGAUUUUGGCUACAGGAAUGGUGGUCUGCGACCUGAGGUUUUCCCUGAGGCCCGCCCACAGCCAGGGUUCCCUGGGGCCAAUGGCUUUGGGAAUGGGCAUGGGGAGGAAGCGCUCAUGUACCCCGAAGCAGCAGCUCCAGACCUAGAAAAAAUGGUCAGGCUGUGGCCCUUCAGAGCUCUCCCUGGCCCUCCCUCCAGCCCUGGGGAGCUGCCUCCAAGCUUGAGUAUGCAGCUGGAGCCAGGGGCGCCUAUCCAGGGGUGGGGGGCCAGCCAGGGCCCUAUGAAAAGCUGAGGCCAGAGCUGGGCCCCGGGGCCCUUAGGGGGGCCUGAGGGGAAGAGAGGCAGCAAUGGCCUGCUGGGAAAUGGCUAUGGAGUCCCAGGUCGCUGUCCUUUUGGGAAGUGCUGAGGACAGAGCAUCCACUGCCUAUCCUGAAGCCCUCUGCAUCAAGCCCCGACCACCUGCCCAGGAGGAAGGCCAGACCCUAGGCUCAGCCUUGGUGCUGCCUGGCCUGGAGUCGCCUUAGGCUGGAAGUAUUAAUAAAAGUGCUGUGGUUCCUUGUUUGUCUCUGUGUGUUGUGGAGAGGGGUUGGCUGGCUGAGGCUGGCUGAAGUGGGGGUGAGGCAGCCUGAGCCUGUACCCUCCAGCCAGCACCUCGUUCAUUCAUCCACUCAUUCAUUAAUUCAACAAUGUGGCCACAUGGCAGGCACCAUGCUGGGGAUCAGAGAGACUGUGAGAGCAAAACAGACUGGACGCCUGCCCUCAGGGAGGGGGUCACAGAGUAUGGGGACAACACUGCCUGGGGUAGUGUACUCAUGCAUGGAAACAAGACUUAAUGAUUGGAGUUUUAAUCAAUAAUCCAACUAUUAAAGUUAUGAAAGUAACAGUGUCAUUUUUCUUAAGUCAGAUGUCAUUUUAUUAAUUAAUCUAGUAAUGUGAAUGUAAAACUCACUUUCACAUUCUUGGAUGAAUACCCAAUUAGAUUUGCAUAAUUACAUAAAUUUGACAGAUCUACUUCCCCCUCAAUAUUUAAUAUGCCUUACAAACCUGAUUAAUUAAUUCGAUUAGAUAUUUCAAACAACAGUUACAAAGUGAACAGACUAGGUUCUCUGGAUGCAGCAGGGGCACAAAUCAAGUAGCAUCUGCCUAAGCACUUAGGAGUUCUUGCAAAUGAAUAAACUAGACAUUGAAUAUAUCAGAUUAUUGGACUCCUUCAAAUAUCUUAAAAAGCCAGUUACUAGUCCUGAAUUAAGGAGCCCUGGUGGCACAAUGCGUAAGUAGUCAGCUGCUAACCAAAAGGUCGGUGGUUUGAACCCACCCAGUGGCUCCAUGGGAGAAAGACCUGGCAUCUACUUCCAUAAAGAUUACAAACAAGAAAAAAGUUCUACUCUGUGACACACUGGGUCACUAAGAGUCUAAAAUGACCCAGUGGCACUGAACAACAAAAGUCCUUCAUUUCUUCCUGUCAUGAUUACAGAUUUUCUCAUCCAGUAAUUGGGAAGCAAUUUACCAUAUUUUUGCAAAUAAGGUGCCCACGGAAAUAACGUGACCACACAGACAGCGUAUGAGAAUGAUGAAAUUAAGUACAACAGCAUGCCCAUGUAUGUCUCGUGCCAUAUCCAGAAGUGAAUUUUGGCCUCAUUCACCAUCCUCCCAUAUUACAGGUAAAUCAUAUCAUUCUGUUCAUUUUCUUUUGUUCCUUCAUCUUCUUUAAUCUCCUGCUUAUGUGUAUAAAAAUAGUCAGAAAAUGUUAAUUUUGUAGUUCUUUGUGCAUUCAUACUCUGGUCUCAACAUGGCAUCCCACUGUUGCAAUGAUAUAUUUUUAGGAAAUUACACAAGUUGAAUUUUGUAUAUCACUUUUGAUCUACUGGUAAAUACUUCUGACUUAAAUUUCAGUAAUGUAAAAUUAAUACCUACCUUAAGUGAAGUUUCCAUGUGAUCAGAAAUUGAAGUUGGCAACAUAUUAAAAAAAAAUUUGGUAUACUGCAUUUAUGAAAAUAACACGCAGGGGUGUUGCAUGGUUGACUAAAACGUGUAACACACGUGUUAUUUGCUUAAAGAAAUGGUAUUCUCCCAGGCUGGCUCCAGCAGAUGGGUUGCACAAUCACAUAUUGAUCUGUGACCCAGAGUCUGGUUACUUGCAGGACAAGUCUCUCUGAGCCUCUAGUCCUGGGAUGAAUUUUUCCAAGGCCACACCUUUCCUUGCAACCUGGUGAAGAAGCUCUAAUUGAAAGGAGUCUAGGAGACUGUGAGGAACUCAGCUCAUCUACUAAAGCCUGAUUUGUGGUGGUGGGAUUUAGGUGUGGAUCAAAAACCUCUCCACAGUUUACACAACAUUUUGGGUUGAUCAACAUUUAGCAGAUUCUGUAAAUAUAGUAGAUUCUGCAAUAAACAUUCACGUCCCGGGAUGGUGCAAGCGGUUAGCAAUUGGCAAUUAACCUAACAGAUGGAGACUUGAACCCACCCAUUGGCUCUGCGACAGGCCUGGCAAUCUGGGUCUGUAAAGAUUACAGCCAAGAAAAUCCUAAGGAGCAGUUCUACUCUGUAACACAUAGAGUCAUCACGAGUCAAAUCGCUCCAGGCAAUAGGUUUGUUUUCUUUUGUUUUUGUAAAGACUGGGAUUCUAGCCUGACUUCCCUUAGCUACUUCAUUUGAUUGGCUCCUUUUGAAAAUCAUUACAGACUUCUGCUUUUCCACAGAAUUAUUGAUUCUUUUAAAAUAUUUAAAUGGCCUCAUCUUGUCUUUCUCUGCCCUAAGCCAGGGAAUAAGCCACAUUCCAAAGUUUUUCUUUUUACUGGAGAAUAGUAUUCGAGACCAGCAUCUGGGCACAGCACGGGAUAUCUGCUCAGUGUCCGAAACUGAGCAGUAUCAGUGGAGGUGCUGGGCGAUAUCCUGCUAAUACACCUAGAAAUCCUGUUCUAAUUAUUCUAAUAAGGAUUCUAUACUCCAAUUUUAAAUAGAUCGAUCAUUUUCUCCCUUUUUUCUUACCCAAUGGUCAUUUACAACCGCUUUUAGCAACCUUAACACAAAUGCUACCUAAUGCCACCAAGCUUCGUUUUUGAGUUGUGAUACCGCUUUAUCUUCUCUAGGAUAACUGAAAAAAGCCUGGUGGCCCAGUGAUUCAAGCGCUCGGCUGCUAAUCAAAAGGUCGAAGGUUCAAUCCACUGGCGGCUCCGCGGGAGAAAGACGUGGCAGUCUGCUUCUGUAAAGAUUACAGCCUUGGAAACCCUAUGGUGCAGUUCUACUCUGCCCUGUAGGGUCGCUAUGCGUGGGAAUCGACUCGACGGCAAUGGGUUUUAUGACAACCGAAUGAAAGCCUGCUUAGACCUUGUCGAUCUACUCAGGAGCAUCAUUUCGGAGACAUGGACAAAAACUAACCUAAAGGGGAGAAGCACUCCUGAUUGGCCUUCGCAGGGCAAAAGGGGGGAAGCCGCGGGCGUUGCAGCGGCGCACUGGACAGUCGGGCCGGCUUAGGGCGCCUACCGCCCGUGUGGAGCCCCUAAUUGCCGGGGUGGCGCUGGGGUCUGAGUGUGUCCGCGGUUCUGCGGACACCUUGAUUGGCUAGGAGCGGGAGAGGACCGGAAGAAGACCUGGUCAUAGAGCGCUGCUGUCCCUGAUUGGCUGCCCAGAGCAGCUUCUGCCCGCCGGCGGGAACAAGGCGUUGG